AUGGAGGCGGCGGAGCUGCGCUGCACGGCGGCCGUGGAGCAGCCGCUGCCGGGGGGACUCGCCCCGCGCCGCCGCGUCAUGCGGGACGCGACCGUGCUGCUGGGCCGCAACGAGCUGCGGCAGCCCGUGCUGCGGGUGGCCGGCGGUGGCGCGGCGGCGGCUGUGCUGAGCUUCGUGCUGGCCGGGGACGCCGUGAGGCUCUUCACGCGGUUCGCGGGCGAGGGGCGGGCGGCGGUGCGGGUGGGACCGGACGGCGCCCAGGUGCUGCUGUCCGACUGUCCCCCGGACGCGCUGCGCCGCUUCCUCCGCCUCCUGCGGCUCAAGGUGGCCUCCGGGCCGCAGGACGCGCCGCGCCGCCCCCGCCUGCUGGAGCGGCCGCCGCCGUCCUUCUCGGUCAUCAGCCCGGUGCAGGAGCGGGACGUGCUGUGCGGCCCCGGCCGCCGCCGCGCCGGCGAACAUCGAGGGGAGAGCCCGGCCGAGGCGCCCCGCGCGGAGAGGCGGCCCCCGGCGAGGCUCUCGGCGGAGCAGGAGGCGGUGUUGGGCGCCGUGCGGAGCGGGAAGAGCAUCUUCUUCACCGGCUCGGCAGGUGAGGGGCCCCGGAGACUCUCCUCGGCUCCCCGGGGAAAGUCCUGGCCAUUAACCUCUUGCUUCUCCCUCGCAGGGACUGGGAAGUCGUUCCUGCUGAAGAGGAUUGUGGGCUCCCUCCCUCCGAACAUUACCUACGCUACAGCCAGCACCGGAGUGGCGGCUUGUCACAUCGGUGGCACUACUCUUCAUGCCUUUGCAGGGAUCGGCUCUGGGAAGGCACCGCUGGAACAGUGCAUUCAGCUGGCAGAGAGGCCAGGGGUGCGCCAGCAUUGGCUGGCCUGCCAGCACUUAAUUAUUGAUGAGAUCUCAAUGGUGGAUGGCAGGUUCUUUGACAAGCUGGAGGCAGUGGCAAGGGCAGUCAGAAAACGGGAUGAGCCUUUUGGAGGAAUUCAGCUAAUUAUAUGUGGGGAUUUUUUACAGCUACCCCCAGUGUGCAAGGCUAAUGAAGAAAUCAAGUUUUGCUUCCAGGCAAAAAGCUGGAGAAAAUGCAUCCACAUAAACAUGGAGCUGACUGAAGUGCGGAGACAGUCUGACAAGACCUUUGUCUCACUCCUCAGUGCAAUCCGUCUAGGCAGGUGCACAGAGGAGGUUACCAGACAGCUGAUGCAGACCGCUGCUCACAAGUCCGAGCGUGAUGGGAUCCUGGCUACGAGGCUCUGCACCCAUAAAGAUGAUGUAGAAAUAACCAACGAGAGACGCUUGCAACAGCUGCCAGGAGAAGUGCAUGUGUUUGAGGCUUUGGACAGUGAUCCAAUGCUAGUGAAGUUAAUUGAUGCUCAGUGUCCUGUGGGUGGUAGAGUUGAGCUAAAACUUGGAGCUCAGGUGAUGUUAGCAAAGAAUCUGGAUGUGUCUCAAGGGCUGGUGAAUGGGGCAAGAGGUGUUGUUGUAGGGUUUGAAAGUGAACAGAAGGGGCUGCCUAAGGUGAGAUUUCUCUGUGGGGUCACACAGCUCAUAAAAAUGGAGAAAUGGAUCAUCAAAGGACCAUCAGGGGUUCAUCUGAGUCGUCAGCAAUUACCUUUAAAAUUGGCAUGGGCCAUUUCCAUUCACAAGAGUCAGGGCAUGUCUUUGGACUGUGUGGAAAUCUCCCUGUCUCGUGUCUUUGAAAGUGGGCAGGCUUAUGUAGCCCUCUCCCGAGCCCGAAGCCUUGCAGGUCUCCGUGUUCUGGAUUUUGACCCAAAAGUAGUGAGAGCUGAUCCUGCUGUGCUGCAGUUCUACAGACAGCUGAGACAUCAUCAGCUUCUAGCCCAGGAUUCACUACAUACUCAUUCAGAUGCUGAUGAGAAGGAGAACUGGAAGUGCAACUGA